GAUUGGGCGGCGGGCGCUCUGGGGCGGGCUGAAGUAGGGGUGCUGUGGGCGAAGGCGGAAACGCUGCUGCACGUUGGCAGGAGGGUCCGAGCCAGUCAAUCAGCCACACAACGAACGACUCGCUGCUGCCGGCCGCUGCCAUGUCUCAGGCUGAGUUUGAUAAAGCUGCUGAAGAAGUUAAGCAACUGAAGUCUCAACCGACAGAUGAAGAAAUGCUGUACAUCUACAGUCACUUCAAACAAGCUACAGUUGGAGAUAUAAACACAGAGCGCCCUGGUUUUCUUGACUUCAAAGGCAAAGCGAAGUGGGAUGCCUGGAAUUCAUUAAAAGGAAUGGCCAAAGAAGAGGCAAUGAAAGCUUACAUAGCAAAAGUGGAAGAAUUAAAGGGCAAAUAUGGCAUAUAAGAAUUGCAUCCACUCCCCACUUGUGGACCUGAAAUGUGCCUUAUUUCUUAAUACACGGGAUAACUGAUUACUGGGGGUGACUAGAAUGUGUAGUGUACUGUAGUUUGAGUUCUGCAAUUCAGAUUAAACUUCUAAUUGUAAAUUACACCUAAUGAAUUGGGUAGCUUUACCCUGUGAAUCAUUAAAGUACAUUUGUUACUUAUUUGUGGUGGCCACUUUAAUACAGGGAUUUGGCUACCAUUUGCCCAUCUCCACCUGAUAACUGACAGUGAUAGUUCUUUGCCCAAAGAAUAGCUAUGAUGCAACACUUUAAAAGUUUCUUGUACUUCUUGUUUGUCAUUACAAAACUGAAGCUGCUAGCUAUCUGUUUCCAGAACUGUCCUGCCCACUAGAGGGCUCUAAUAACCUUUCAUAAUGCAAUAGUAACACUGGCUUCAUCAAAAUUAAACAGUAAUUGUGGCCACAAUUACUAUCUCUGGUGUAGAGGAGACACUUGAUGGGUAAUUUGCAAUUACUAUAGGCUAGAAUACGUGGAAGUGUGCUACAAUAGUCCAUGAUAAACUAGCUAACCUUAAGACUACAGAUUUUAAAAAAUUAUUAAAGCUAAUGUUAAAAAACAUUCUCCAUAUUCCUACUAAUAUGGAUUUCUACACUGACUCUGCUAUGGCUAGUGCCCUUUACCCAAGCAUGCUUGAUUUAAGCCAUUAGAAAGCCUUCCAUCCCUCACAGUAUAAUCAUCUACAUAGCAUGCUUUGUGAGGAUCUCAAAGAAAUGACCCAAGUGGGGAAAUUCUCAUGUGUUGGAAGAGGGAGGGCAGGGGAGAUUUCUGGUAAUUUGCCUACCAUUCUGCAGUCAAUAACUGAUCUCUGUACCCAGUGCCAAUCACUAAAUCAUAUUGUUGGUUAAAUGCCAUUCCCUCCCAUCUCCCUUUCCUUUAAUGUUAAAUAAAGACUAACAGCCUUUC